AGGGGGGGGGUCACACGCAGGGACCCCCAGGAAAUCAGAGGGACCUUCAGGGCCGGGGGGGUUGGGGACACGCGGGGACACCCCGGGACCUCGGCAGUGGGGAGGGGUCUCUGUCCAGCUCCACCGGAGCCCCCCGGCCGGAGCUGGGGCACUGCCCGUGGUGGGGGUCUCGCAGGGGUGGCCCGGGGCUCCUUCACGGUGGCGGCCUGGCCGCGGGUGGCCGUGGUGGCCUUCGGGGGCUCGGUGACCGUCAACUGCAGCCGCAGCGCCUGCCCGGGGGACAACGCCACGCUGGGGCUGGAGACCCCCCUGCCCGCCACCCCCGCGGCCGGGGGGCUGCGCUGGCAGAGCUUCCGGCUGCACAACGUGUCCCGCUGGGACCCCGGGCCCCUCACCUGCUCCGGACGCUGCGGCGACACCGAGGCCAACGCCAGCGCCGGCGUCCUCGUGUACCAGCUGCCGGAGCGGGUGGAGCUGGAGCCGGUGGCGCCGGUGGCGGUCGGGGACAGCCGGACCCUGACGUGCCGCGUGCUGGGGGUGGCACCGCUGCGGAACCUGACGGUGACGCUGCGGCGCGGCGCCGAGACGCUGCGCACCGAGAGCUUCGGCGACGCCGAGGGCAGCGCCAGCGUGGCCGUGAGCCACCUGCUGACCGCCACCCGCGGCGACCACGGCCAGCACGUCACCUGCCACGCCGAGCUGUCCCUGCGGCCACACGGGCCCCUGUUCGCCCGCGCCGCUGCCCCCGUCACGCUCUCGGUGUUCGCUCUCCCGGAGCCCCCGCAGCUCCAGGCCCCGGCCAUCCUCGAGGCCGGCACCGCGGCCACCGCCCGCUGCCGCAUCGCCGGCGCCUUCCCGGCCGGGGACACCCGCGUCACGGCCGCGCUGGGCCCGGAGCCGCUGAACGUCACGGUGGCGGUGGCCGGGGACACGGUGACGGCCAGCGCGGAGCUGUCCCCGCGCAGCCCGGGCCCGCGGGAGCUGAGCUGCACGGCCGCCGUGGCCUCGGCGGCGCGGACGGCGCGGAGGCAGCUCCACGUUUACCGGUUCCCCGCGCCCGCCCUGGAGCUGAGCCCGGCCCCGGCGGCGGCGGGCAGCGAGGUGACGGUGACAUGCCACGCCGGGGCCACCGAGCCGCCCGCGGCGCGGCUGCAGCUCCGCGAUGCGGACGGCGGGGUCCUGGCCGAGGGCCCGCAGCCCCGGCUGCAGCUCCGGCUGCUCGCCCGGCGCGACGACGACGGCCGAGAAUUCCGCUGCCGGGCCAGCCUGGCCGUGGGCGACAGCGUGGUGACAAAGGACGCGGAGGCGCGGCUCGCCGUGCUCUAUCUGCCCGAAAUCCCGGCCAGCGGCUGCCCCGGCAACCGCACGUGGGUGCGGGGCUCGCGGGAAGCGCUGUCCUGCCUCGCCACCGGCAACCCCGCGCCCACCGUGGUGUGCGGCCGCGACGGCGUCGCCGUGGCCACCGGCGAGCCCGAGCCGGUGACCCGCGCCCGCGCCGGGACCUACCUGUGCAACGCCACCAACGCGCUGGGGACGCGCAGCCGCCGCGUCACCGUCCGCGUGGAGUAUGAGCCCACGCUGUCCGAGGCGGGGUGUCCGGCACGCCGGGUCUGGCUGGAGGGGCAGCGGCGGCAGCUGGAGUGUCGCGCCGACGGGGACCCCCCGCCCAGCACGCGCUGCGCCCGCGACGGUGGCACCCGCGACGGUGACACCAGCCACGGUGGCACCAGCCACGGUGGCACCAGCCACGGUGACACCCGCCUCUGUGUCCCCCCCCAAGAUGAGCCCACGCUGUCCGAGGCGGGGUGUCCGGCACGCCGGGUCUGGCUGGAGGGGCAGCGGCGGCAGCUGGAGUGUCGCGCCGACGGGGACCCCCCGCCCAGCACGCGCUGCGCCCGCGACGGUGGCACCAGCCACGGUGACACCAGCCACGGUGACACCAACCACGGUGGCACCAACCACGGUGGCACCCGAGACGGUGACACCAACCACGGUGACACCAACCACGGUGACACCAACCACGGUGGCACCCGCGACGGUGGCACCCGAAAUGAUGGCACCAACCCCGGUGGCACCCGCGACGGUGACACCGAUCACGGUGGCAUCGACCACGGUGGCACCAACCACGGUGACACCAGCCACGGUGGCACCCAGCACGGAGGAGUCGCCCGCGGCCGCGUGGUCACCCGGGCCGAUGGCGGCCGCUACGUGUGCAGGGCCACCAACAGGCACGGGGUGGCCGUGAGGAGCGUCCUUGUCACCGUGGAGUGUGAGUGUGACACCGGGGACGGGAGGGGACACCGGGCUGGGGAUAGGGGAUGGGAUGAGGAUGGGGAUGAGGCCGAGCCCGGCUGUGCUCGCACCGCUCCCGCCGGCGCCGGGGCCGCUCCCGGUGGAUCCCGGGCGGGUCGGGGCGGUCCCACGGGGGUCCCCCGGCCCCAUCACCGCCUCCCCCGCCGCCUCCCCCCGCCUCCAGACCAGCCGAGCCUCGGCGAGCGCGGCUGCCCCGAGCGGCGCCGGUGGCUGGAGGGGACCCCGGCCGAGCUGGGCUGCGCCGCCAGCGGGAACCCCCCGCCCCGCGUCACCUGCGCCAAGCUGGGCGACCCCGCCAACGCCACCGACAGCCGGGACCCCCCCCGCGCCACCCGCAACGUCACCCGCGCCCACGCCGGCACCUACCAGUGCCGGGCCAGCAACGCGCACGGCGCCGCCGUCCGCAACGUCACCGUGGCCGUGGAGUACGGCCCCGCCGCUGUCACCCUGCGGGUCCUGCCCUCGGCCAACGUCACCCGCGGCGGCGGCUUCACCGUGGACUGCGGCGCCGAGGGGGUCCCGGCGCCCACCUACAGCUGGGCGCUGCCCCCCGCCCCCAACGCGCGCCUGGCCGCCGACAACCGCUCGGUGACGGUCACCGGGGCCACGGCGGCCAACCGGGGCCUCUACACCUGCACGGCGAGCAACCGGCACGGCCGCAGCGCCGCCAGCGUGGCCGUGAGGGUGGACGAGAGCUGGCUGGCGGCGCUGGCGGCGCUGGGGGCGCUGGGCGCGGUGGCCGCGCUGGCGCUGGCGGCGGCCGGGGGCUUUUACCUGAAGAGCACGGCGUGCAAGAAGGGCGAGUACAACGUGCGCGACGCCGAGGGCUCCUGCGAGGGGGGCGCGGGGGUCUCUGCCCGCUGGCCCCGAGACCCCCCAGAGCCCCCCCAGACCGCCAGCCCCGUCCUCGUGCGGACACCAAAGCCCCCCCAAGCAGCCCAAUUAGCAAUUGAUUAA